AUGGUUAAGAUUUGCUCGAUUCCACUUUGUAAAGGUGCUUCAUCAAAACAAUGCAACAUUAAACUACACAAGUUUCCAGCUGACGAAAAUCUCAGAAAUAUAUGGGAAAAGUGUAUAAAAUCAUAUUAUCCUAAUUUUAAAACUAACCAUAGCAGUUUAGUGUGUAGCAAACACUUUAGGGAAAUUGAUUUUAUUAAAACUGCAAGAUCUCAAUCCUUUUCACUUAUUAAGAGCGCAGUACCCUCAUUAUUUGAUGUUGAAGAAUGUGUUUACGUUUUCAACAAAGAACAAUAUGAUAGUUCGAAUACACAUGAACCAUCCCACAUUGUUGUUCAAGAUACGACAGAAAAUAUGAGCUAUAGUGUUAUUACAUUAUCACAAUCAGAUCUCCAAGGUGAUAGUUUGAAUAUUACAGGGAUAUCUCACAUUGAAGCUGUAGAAGAAAUUAUACCAACAAUAGAUGACAGUUCGGAUUUAGUUUGUGAACCUAGUGAAAAUGUUCAAGUUACUCCAAAAAAAAUGGCCAGUACUAUGAAAAGAAAAAGCUUAUUUGGUGAUUUUAAUGUUGAAGAUCUAAGAACUCCAACAAAACGCAAACGAUAUUGGAAUGUAUCUCAAGCAACUGUAAGAGACUUCAAAAUAAAAACAAAAAGUCUGCAGAAUAAAAAUACAUGGCUAAGAAAGAAGAUAAAAAAUCUAUCGCAGUUGAUUAAUCAUCUUAAGGAAGAGAAAAAAAUUUCUGAUAACUGUUUCACUAUCCUUAAGGUAGAAAUAGCGAAUUAA